AUGUCAACCUUCUUUGAAUUGCCCGCAGAAGCUUGGACGCCUGACGUCAUUGAGUCUACUACUUCUCUGACAGCAGUACUCACAUUUUCGGCUGUAUUAAAGGAUCUUGAGCAACGUGCCAAUGCCAAGAUUAAAGAUCAUGGUGCUCAGCAGGCAACACAGUUUCUGACGUCCAGCUGGAAGACCAUUGGAAAUUUUGGCAAAGAUAAAGAAGAUAAUGACUUCUCAUACUAUCCGCAGGAUUCUGAUGCUUUUACGGAAAUAUUGAACAGCUGUAUGAACGGAUUGAGUGGUUGGUUGGCAUGGGGAAUGCUGUAUGAAGGUGCAGAACAUAGUCAGCUCUGUAUUGAGAAAGCGCGUGAUGUUAGUAUAGAAAAUGCAACCGAGAUUCUUGUCCACGUCGAUAAAGUACAAAAAGAAGAUUUGUUCAUAGCAGAAAUAAAAUUACCAGAUUAUCGCGGUCAGAAUGAUUUAUAUGACGACAAGGUCAAAUUAGCAAAUAUGAUGAUUGAUGAUGAUAUAGAAGACAAAGAUAUCUGUGGUUUCCUUGUGCAAGUACACCAAACGACAAGCAGUUUUAUUAGUGGCAACACUUUCCAAGCAACAUACCUUCCAGCCGGACGUCAGAAACUGUGCUGCCUGCUGAGCAUAAUGAUCUUUAAUCUUGGCAUUGGCACGUUGUCAAGAUCCUUUAAUACAGUCGAAAAUGUGAGUGCUGCUGUCAAAAUAGUGGACUCAAUAGCGUCAGACAUCCAAGCUUCUGCGGGUGAUUCAAAGAAGGUUGACAGUUUUUAA